AUAUUACUAUGCACGUGUACGCGCGCAGUGGGUACGAGCGAGCCUGUGGAGCUGAGCGCGGCGCGCGGCUGAGCGAGCGCGAUAUGCGAGCUCGCGCUAUCGCUAGCAAGAAAUGGCUGAAGCAGUGGUGAUGAAAACCGCGUCCGAAACGGAGUCGGAGGUAAUUUUUGAAUGUGAUGUCCUUGAUGACCAUGAAAAACUCUUAAGGAACUACCUACCCAAUGGCUAUCACUACCGAGUGUGGCUCUUCGAAGCAUCGGAAGAUAAUCCAGAGAAUUUCAAGGCCAUCAUAUGGAUGAAGGUUUCAACGCAGGAGGAGGCCGAGGCAUGGUUCAAGUCUUUGAUGGGAAAAUCACCCGUCACAUGGAGGGUCAGAAAGACGUACCCAAAUUUCCAAAAAGUUCCGGAGUUCAGGAGGAGAAAUGCAUUCAGGGUGGAUUAUGGAUGCCAUCAUAAUACUCGUCCAGCCAAAAAGGAACAGGUUCGAAAGUCCUCAAAGCACACUUCGUGUGAGGCCCGGGUCUACCUGGUCGUGAAGCGGCAAAGGGACAAGAGCGGUAGAUGGAACCGGUCAAUAGAUCCCCAUAUCCGUUGUGGCUACCUAACGAAAUGCACCAUAUACAACAUUCAUAACCACUCCAUCCGGAGCGCCGAGGCAAUGCGAAGACGUGAUGUGUCGGAAGACACCAGGGCCAGGCUCCUGCAGCUCUAUGAGGAUGGCUACAAACCUAUUGGAGCUCUUGAAGCCCUCAAGAGAAGUCUCCAGGAAGAUUAUGGGUCAGACUACGCAGAGAAGUCGGCGGACAGGUCGCUUUGUCCGGACAUCCAAUACUGCUAUAGGUUGUACUACUCCAUUUACAAGCCAGACUGCCAUCAAAGGAUACGAAAAAGUCUUCUAGAUGCGAUAAAAUCAAAGCUAGAACUCAAUGACGUAAACAACAACCUUCACAAGAUGGCCACCACGAAAGAAGGUCACACCGUUAUCGCAAUUUGCUCGGGUUCCAUGAGGCGGACACAUGAAUUCUGGCCAACCAGCAAGGAGCUAUGCUAUCUUGAUACGAGGGUAGGUCUUGAGAGACAGAACUGGAAGGUCACUUUCCUCCUGACCCCGAGUCCCGUAGGAGAACUUCCCCUUGGGAUUCUUCUUGCAUCCUCAGGCACUCCAGAGACUCUCACCCUAGGUCUCCAGCUGCUGCACAAGCUCUUGCCCCAGUUCUCGUUCUUCGAGCGUGGGCACAGUGGACCAAGCACGGUGAUAACCAGAGACGACGCUGACGAGAUGCUGGCCCUGCACGAAGUCUACCCAAUGGCAGAACUGCUCAUAAAUCCCCAUGCUGUCGUCCGAACCGCAAAGGACUGGCUGUGGGAUCCUGGAAACAGGAUCGGGAAGGUUGAUCGGGUAGAGCUUCUGCGACACCUCAAGGCUGUCGUUGAUGCGAGGACACCCGACGAGCUGAACUUCCUGUAUGACCUCGCGAAGCAGGAUGCAGAGAAUCGUGCGUACAAGGAGUACGUUGAUUAUCUGGGAGAGCUUUAUGAGCGAAGGGAGAUGUGGUCUGUGGCACUCCAUAGAAUUCCUGCUUUGUUUGAAAACCAAGUCUUACCAUCAGUCAAGGUGCCAUUGGAUAAGAUGCUGAAGAAGGCCAAGGGGUAUUCAGUUCUGAUGCUUAUUGAUGACUUGCUUCAUAAUUUAUGUUCUUACUACGUGCGAAAGCUGAUCGAUGCUGGGAAUAAUCGACUGGAACGAGUGAUCUUUCCAUGGAACCCUAAGGAGUCCCAAGGCACAGAAACAAUUGUGAAUAAGGUGAAUGAGGUUGACUAUGAAAUCCUUGUUAAAUCAGAUGGCCAAACCACCACCUUCAAUGUUAACACGGAACAGGGUCUUUGCGGCUGCCAUGCUGAUAUAGCACGCAUCCCCUGCCGACACCAGAUGGCAGUGUACAAGAAGUUUGGGAAGAAUUGCGGAACCUUCUUCCCUGCAGAGCUCAGGUCGUUGUUCACCAAGAUCGCUACAGGUAAAGAGAGUCAGGAUGACAUAUGGUACCAGCCCUUGUCUGUCAGCAAGGAAAUCCAGAUCACAGCGGAUGGCAAGGAGGUCAUUCUUGCUGACGAUAUCCAAGUGGAAGAGGCCCUGAUAGAACUCUCAAGCGCCAUUGAAGAGCAAGUAGCAUUAGGGAUGAUAGAAGGCAACGACGAUAGUGAUGAUGAAGAUGUGGAGGAGACGCAGAGGUAUGAACCACAUGAAGCGCAUCAACAGCUCCAGAAGGUAUUUGCUGAUUUGGAGAAGAGGCUGUUGGACGAUCCUGUGGCCUUUGAAGGACCUGUCCUGGACUUUGCCAAGAACUACGUGGAGGCCUCUGAACGUGGCCAGCUGUUGUCAGCAUUGAAUUCCUUCGGCCAGGAUGGAAGUGCCAGCUGGAAGAUUCAAAGGAUGGAUGAAGAUAAUGCUCCAGACACCUCUCGGUUGCACGCUGUGGCUGAGUCAGCGGAAGUCCACCUUAGAAAGAGGGCCGUGCAUCCAUCAUGACCCUCGUCGAGACUCGAUAUACAGGGAAGCAAUAAAACAACGCUUGACAUGUGCCAAAGAAGUGCAGGGCUCCGUAACACAUAGGUUUGCGUGAAUUGCAAAUAUGAAAUAACCGCACUGAUUGGUUCCCGGUCAGUAUUUUAAACAGAGCACGCAAGCAAUGAUGAUCCUGAUUGGUCAUUGGUAUUUAGCGAUUGAUUGCAAACCUUUGUGUUACGGAGCCCAGGUGACGAUAUCGAUCAGUAUUGGUGCUGGCAGUAAAGCUUGAAUAUGGAGAGUAUUUCAUCAACAAUUUUUAUUUGUCAGAGCUGUCAACUUUCCUUGUUUUUGAUUGGCUGAGAAGUGCUUUGACUCUAAGUGUAAUUGUGAGAUAAAACAGUACUUUGAUGGAUAAAAUUCCAUGCAAAUCCUUUCAUUGUACACUUCCAAGGUUGUCUUACAAAGCACCAAACCCCAAUUUUGGUUCUAUACAGAAAUGAUACCACCCUCAAAUUGUUGAAAACUCAUUACAUACUGAUUUUACUUGCAAAUACAGAAAAUGGAACACCAACAUCUUAUCUUUUUCCGUUUUUUUUUUUCUGAUUGUUUUUUGUUUGAUGAAAUAGAAAAUGAAGGCCUCUUCUGAUUUGCUUUUUUCAUUUUUGCUUUGACAUAACAGAAAAUUGAAGAUUGCCCUCUAUGUUAAUGUUUGAGCAAGCGAGCCGAGGGCAUACCUAUUUUCAGCCAAGAUCCCCCCCCCCCGUCAAGUCUUCUUAGGCAUCAAAAUUUCCCAGUCAUUUCAGUGUUGAUCCAGUUUGUAGAUACAAUCUGAAUAUGUGCAGAUAAUGGUCUUUUGAAUUAAAAUCUAAAACCCACCUUAAAGGGCCCAGCCACUGACAAAUCAUGGGGAAAUUGAUUCAAUACGAAAUUUGCAAAAGGCCAAUUGACUUGCAUAAUAUAAUCUGUCCGUCAUGAGCGCCCGUCGGACUAAUGCGAUAAAAGUUCAUACAGCACGAAUUUGACCGAACUCUUGAUGGUUAUUUACUUCGGAUCAUCGCAGUUCCAGUUUCCAACAAUCCCAAUUCCUAGACUCAUAGCAUGUCUCUUGAUUGCUAAACCAAAAUAAAUAACCUCUGUGAAGUUACACGUUUCAAAAGUGAAAACACGCAGUUUAGUUCUGGUUGGUUAGUCUACUAACUAAUUGCUCUCCUAUAGACCUCCCAGACAUGCCGGCGUCUAUUACAUAACACCCCCAGGCAUGCGGCCGAGUGAAAGACUCGAAUCCCUUCUCUGUUCCGAGAUUAGCCGUGAUUUCCCCAUGAUUUGUCAAUUAAAGGUCGCUUUAAUAGAUAAGGUUCUUUGAUUUCCUGACAUAGCAGCACUCAAAUCAGGCAAACUGGUGUUCCAAUUAUUGGGCAUCAUUGAUUACAAGAAAAAAGAAGCAAAGUGAAGAGAUAACUUGUCUCCAAACGCUCUAAGCUGAAAAGGUUCACAUGUAAGUCGUUAACUUGUGGUGAAAAUCAAAAUCAUGCAGGGGGGGGGGGGGUUCACUGCUCAUGCCCCCAUAAGGUUUAGGGGCAUAGACCCUGUGGAGAAUUAUGCUAACAUGAACAGAAUUAUCUUGUAAAUCGUCAUUAAAGAGAAAUUCCAGUAGUUGCAGUAAACACUGAUUUCAUGAGAAAGUCUGUAAAACCAGGCUUAAUUGUCAGUAUAUCAUCGAGGAUCUAGAUCUGGUACAGUUACAUAAACUGAACUUUGUGAAAUCUUGAAAUCUACGCUGAAAAAUGUUCAGACUGAACUUCCCCAACACAGAUAAGCGCACGUGGGACUGUGUAUAAUUAUUGCUUUGAGCGUCAGGCCCGACGCUUGACCCGAAUCCUGUGCUUAUUUGCUGAUUUCUCAGCAAUUACACAAUUUCUUCCAGAAUCCUUUGGCACAUGCGUUUUAUUUAUACAAACAGACACUUUGGUGGUCAUUUCAUUGGAUUCUGUACGAACUCAUUUUGAUAUCGUUACCAAAACUAGCAGUUACCUUUAACCGCAUUAUUUUCAACUAUUUGAGAGUGUUCGAGUGAUUUGUUCACCUGUAUACGUCCAAGGGCAGAUAUGUAAUGGUGCCCCUGUGGAAAAGUGAGGCAGCAUUUGGUAUCAAAUUUCAUGACUUUGCAUGAAAUGUGCAUGUGGGUGUGUUUGUGUGUGAAUAAUAGUUUACAUUUGAUGGGCAUAACAUGUUGAACUAUGCAAAUUAAAUGAUUAAAGAAAUAUUA